CUCGACGGCCCGUCCCCGCCGCCCGUCCCUCAACGACGCCGAGGCAUUUUGUCCCGCACCGCGUCCCGUCCGCGGCGGGAAAAGGUUGGCCGCGCGGCCGCCCCUCACGCAUCCCGGCGCCAUGUCGUUCCGCCGGCUCGUUACCGUAUCGGCCGCCGCGGCCUGCGGCUUGGCGGGCGGCUCCGUUCUCUUCUCCGCCGUGGCGCUCGGGAAGCAGCCGCCGUCGCCUCAGCAAGGGCCGGAGAAGGGCGGCGGGGACGCCCCGGAGCCCCUCGCCGCUUCGCUGACGGGACCUCUGCCGCCUCCCCCGCCGCCGGGGCUGCUACUGUUGCCGUCGCCCAGCGCCUCGGCCGCGCCCGCCUGGUUGGAGAAGGCCAACGGCUGCGGCUAUUGGGAUAAUAACUGGGACAGGAGGGAACCGCUGGCCCUCAUGAACUUGAAGAAGAAAAAUGAAGAGACCGGUGAACAGGAGGCGUCUUCUCGCUUAGCCCGCUAUAAAACAAAAGCUACCAGGCACAUAUUCCUCAUUCGCCAUUCUCAGUACAAUCUGGACGGGCAGCAGGAUAAGGACAGAAUCUUAACAAAGCUUGGCCGUGAGCAAGCUGAGCUGACCGGGAAGAGACUUGCCAGUCUGGGGCUGAAAUUUGAUAAAAUUGUCUAUUCUUCCAUGGCCAGAGCAACGGAAACAACCAACAUUAUUAGCAAACAUCUUCCUGGGGUGUCCAAGCUGAGCACGGAUCUCCUGCGCGAAGGCGCUCCCAUUGAACCCAAUCCACCCAGUUCUCACUGGAAGCCUGAAGCUGUGCAGUAUUACGAAGAUGGUGCUCGGAUUGAGGCCGCCUUCCGAAACUACAUUCACCGAGCAGAUAUCAAGCAGGAAGUAGACAGCUACGAAAUCUUCGUCUGUCACGCCAACGUUAUUCGCUAUAUCGUCUGCAGAGCACUGCAAUUUCCUCCAGAAGGUUGGCUUCGGAUAUCCCUCAACAACGGCAGCAUCACUCACCUGGUGAUCCGUCCCAACGGUAGGGUGGCCCUGCGCCUGCUUGGUGACACGGGCUUUAUGCCACCCGAGAAGAUCACCCGCAACUGACUCGUGGAAACAGGGAGGAUCUCCAACCAAGAGGACAAAGCUACUUCCAGAUGCGGCCAACACUUUCCCUCAAUAGCUGCAGGCUCUCUCAACUGGACUUCGUUUGGUCUCAGACUGUUUAUUACACGUUAAGGUUUUGCGUGCGAUGUUGACCUUGAGAGAAUUGGAGAAGAGCCACCUCAAAACAACAAUGCUGGUAGCCUUUCCCCAAAGCCGAUCCAAGGAUUUCUACCCCCUUUCAUAUUUUUGGGGAGGGAGAAAUGCAGCGAAGUCCAGGGAUACAUGUUAGGUAACUGGAAUCAGUGUAAAUCCAGACACCACUGGAUCCAGUAAUUCUGAAGAGGAGGGAGACGAAGUAGCGCCUUCUCUUAUUAUGCAGCUCCGAUUUGCACAUGGGCACUGACAAAUAUACUUUUAAUAUAAAUUAAAAACAUCGGAGGCGGCAUCUGUAGUUAGAGUUGUCAUCCAAAGCGGUGCUUGAAUAGAAGCGUAGAAUUGUCUACGCUCUCCUCUCUUCAAGCCCCGUCUAGUUACUUGGUCUUUUAUUUUAAGACUUUUUUUUUUUUUUUUGCUACAAAUGUCUAUUCCUAAAAAUAAAUUAAUAAACCCUAAAUGGGAGCCUUUCUUGGCUUGGCCCUUAAUAACUGUCACAGGUUCUCUAUCGUUCAUCUCUUGAUUCCAUUAAAGCAUCAUUAAAUUAGAAAUAUGGAUAAGCUAUUCCAGCAGUGACUACUGCUCCUUAAGGUACUCCCCUCCAGGUGUUCCUUGUGAGGAGGGGUGGGGCGGCCUCCUUCUGAAUAGCCUUACAGCCCUUCUCUGGGCUUGCCCACACUCCGCUCUCCGUGCCCUCGGAUCAGUGGAGGAGGCAGCUAUUCCUCACCAGAGGGGAUUUGCUGCCUAUCAGCACCACUGCCAGUCAACAGUCGAUCCGUGAAGACAGGCAGCUCUCUGCCCGGCUGACCACCUCCCCAUUUCUUAGGGACCCGGGACAGCAUCAUCUUCAAGCCUCUCUAAGGUGACCUAUCCACCUCUGUCGGACAGUCCUAGUUCCAUCUCCUCCUCCAAACUGGACUCCAAUGGGUCCACGACACUUCUGUACUUCUUAGAGUAAAAUAUACUUUUUAUGCUGGGGGGGGGGGGGGAAGCUGAACCCUUGGCUAGGAACUGCCACUUGUAGACAGAUUCAAGUGCUUCUUGUGUUAUCUUGCUGCUUGUGGGAUUGUGGAAGUGGAAUAGCAGGACGUUGGGGGCUGGGGUUAUUCUGUGGUCAGAGAAGACACCGGUGGAUCUAUGUCAAAUCAGUGUGGAAAAUGUAAGUUAUUUCUAUUUGUCUUUUAUCUAUGAAAAUAAAAACGGAAUUGGUUUUCACUUA